AUGUUAUUAGCCCACAAAGAUGUUUUCUCACCUUUUUAUAUUACACAGAUUAAAACGAUCCAGAGUCCAUCCACGUCUGAAACUGGUAGUGACGAAUCACAAGAUAGUAUACACGAUAUAAACAGAAGUAUGAAGAGUGAUGCAGAAAUAGAUUCAGAAAUCUGGUCACUGAUGCUGGGCAAACAACCAGCAAAUAAUCUGAAUCAUCCUUUCUUAAACUUACCAUCAGACAGCACUAAAAAUGUUAUGGACGAGGAUACUUUUGUCCACAAAUAUUAUCAUUUGAUGUUUGAGGAAGUAUUUAGCAUGAGUCAUCUUAAGGCCAACGGUGAACCUAAUAGUUCGAAGGAACGACGAAAAUCUAAUGACCACAAACAUGGAAGGAAACCGGCCCAUUGA